AAAUGCCCCUGGAAAGGGUUGAGGGCCAGGACAGGAAUGGGGCAGGAGGUGCACAGAUCCUGCUGGACACUGGGAGUAGGGGGUGGCCGAAGGCAGCGGGUGGGCAGGUCCAUGCGUCCCCUGGCCCCCCAGCUCUGCAGGGCAGUGUUCCUGGUUCCCAUCUUGCUGCUGCUGCAGGUGAAGCCUCUGAACGGGAGCCCAGGCCCCAAAGAUGGGAGCCAGACAGAGAAAAUGCCCUCUGCAGACCAGAAUCAAGAACAGUUCGAAGAGCACUUUGUGGCCUCCUCAGUGGGUGAGAUGUGGCAGGUGGUGGACAUGGCCCAGCAAGAAGAAGACCAGUCACCCAAGACGGCAGCUGUUCACAAGUACUCUUUCCACCUCAGCUUCUGCUUUAGUCUGGCCAGCGUCAUGGUUUUCUUAGGAGGGCCAUUGAGGCGGACAUUCCUAAAUAUCCAUCUCUGCUUCAUGCUCACUCACUGACCCUCCCUCCCUCAUGGGCUCCAGGUCACAACUCCCAAAAGAGAUGCAGGCAUGGCUCUCUGCCUCUGAUCACCAUCACUGUACCUCAGGGUUCAGCAGCAGAGAUACCAGUUGCCAUCAGUGCUAACUGACUGCCUCUCCGGGUUCGGAGCUUCGUCUCCCAGGGCCAGAGACAGCAGACCCACAUCCUUCUCUCCCACACCUCUCCUGGUUUUGUUCAGGACAGCAGAUUAGAGGCAGGAGGCAAUGACAAUAAAAUAACGAUAAAAUCCUGAGAA